AACAUUGAAAUUCAUAUUACAAGUUACAACCCUAGAUCCCCAAAUUUCUUUUCUUCUCAAAUUUUCUUGCGAAAAUGUCAGGUCGUGGAAAGGGUGGUAAGGGACUCGGAAAGGGAGGUGCAAAGAGGCACAGAAAGGUUCUUCGUGAUAACAUCCAAGGAAUCACAAAGCCAGCAAUUCGUCGAUUGGCUCGAAGAGGUGGUGUUAAGAGAAUCAGUGGUUUGAUCUAUGAAGAAACGAGAGGAGUUUUGAAGAUCUUCUUGGAGAAUGUGAUUCGUGAUGCAGUUACUUACACAGAGCAUGCAAGGAGGAAGACUGUUACCGCCAUGGAUGUUGUUUAUGCUCUUAAGAGACAAGGAAGAACCCUCUAUGGAUUCGGAGGUUAAAGAAGAUGAUUCACUUUUUUUUGUGUUAUGCUUUAAGUAAUCGUGUAAUUGGAACAUGUCAUUGUUCUUUAAAUGCUUAUUCUGGUUUUUACUUUUUGAUUUCUGGUCCUUGGUAACUUGUAAGUAUAAACAAGAUUGAAAUUGAAUGAAGUAAUUUUUUCUUUUGAA